GGGACGGAGGGCAGGAAGGGGCGGCACUUCCGGCCGUUCCGCGAGCGCACCACCAUUAGUCGCGCCGCGUAACGGAGCUGCGUGGUCUCGAGCGGUUAUUCCGCGUUUAAUUUUUGCCGCUAUUAACCCCUCACUCGGCUUGGGCUUCGUAUCGCUGGGGAGGGCGCGGCCUGAGCUUCCGUCCACUCGAGUCGUGCCUAUUGCUUUGCCGCCAUGAAGCUCGUGAGAUUUCUCAUGAAACUUAGUCACGAGACUGUGACCAUUGAAUUGAAGAAUGGGACCCAGGUGCAUGGAACCAUCACAGGCGUGGAUGUCAGUAUGAAUACACAUCUUAAAGCUGUGAAGAUGACUCUGAAGAACAGAGAACCUGUCCAACUUGAGACCUUGAGUAUUCGAGGAAAUAAUAUUAGGUAUUUCAUCCUGCCAGACAGCUUGCCCCUGGAUACUUUGCUGGUGGAUGUUGAGCCAAAAGUCAAAUCCAAGAAAAGGGAGGCAGUUGCAGGAAGAGGCCGUGGUAGAGGCCGUGGCAGAGGUAGAGGACGUGGCAGAGGAAGAGGAGGUCCAAGGCGAUAACUACUUUUCAGCUACUAAAAAAUGUCAAGCAACUCUGGUUUUUUGUACAGGUUUUGUUUUAGUUUCAAUUUUUAAUAAACAGGUGUGGAAAACGUA